AUGGAUUCCAUCGAUCUUAGCCGGCUCGAUACCUACGCGCCAGGAUACAAGCCCAAUUACCCCCAUAGCCCCUCCAACACCACGGAUUGGCUGUCAACCCAGAGCAAUGCUUCUCACGUUAGGACCGCGCAACCUCCUCAAUUCUCAACCUGGCUACCAGGUACAAUGGCGAAGUUACCCCUGGAACUAGUCUAUAACCUCCUCGACCAAGUACUAAUCGGCCAAACCGACCGACUAACCCAUGGAAGUUUACAUGGCCUGCUCAGUCUUCGCGCAGCAAGCAAACAUACGAGAGCGAUGGUCACCUCGUAUAUGCAGAGCGACCUUAUACUAACUUACCUUCGACAGCAACUCUUUGAUCAGAAAGAUCCUCGCUGUGUCAAGUGGUAUCAAUGUCACCCAGAGGCAUUUAUGGCGCUAUUUGACCCUUCAAGCUCACAAAUAAGCCCUACCGCCACAAAAGAGCACCCAGGAAGCGACAUAAUCACCGAUAUCAUUGUCGACGACUGCCCCGAAUGUUUCGACGCUCUUUGCAGAAGCAUUGACGGUCUCGGAUCAGCUGACACAGGCUGUAACGAGAGCGGAUGGACAUUCAUCAGCAUCGCCAUCCGAUCCGGCUCUUACAGAAUGCUACAACGGUUCUUUCUCUCAGCUUGCAGUCCAUCUGGGUACGACCCACCCAGUCUCGUACUGAUGUCCGGUGCAAACUGCGUAGAAUCAGGGCCCACCAUCCUCGGGAUGCUGGCAUAUCAGCAGGACCCGGUAUUCGCUGAGAAGGUCCUUGAUUUAGUGGCGCCCAUCGUUCUCCAGGUUAGCAGGCCUAGUGCGUUGGCAUACGCUUUCACUUCUAGGGAGAAAGACAUGCUUUGCAAGUAUAUCACCCCUCGUACGGGGGAGUGGCUAACACAUCUAGGUAUCAAGUUGUGGGAGCGGACAUUAUACAGCAGUACCUCUUCCCGUCAUUCACUAGGCGCCUGGCACGCUGCCGUGCACAACGGGCCUGAAUUUAUGAAAUACUUGUAUAAAUAUAGCCCCACACACCUCAUCUUUUCUGGUAGUCUCCGGGGUGCAAUGCCGAUCGAUCAUGCUGUUUGGGCUAACAGACUGGAUUCCUUUAGAUGGCUUUUUGCCAAGUUUCAACUGGUGGAAAUCGUUUCCUACAGGAUGGCAAUCGAGAGACUGUUGCGGAUUGUCGCAAAUCACACAUCACCCGAGAGCGAAGUUAUGCUCGAGGAAAUUCUUCUUGGGCCAGGGCCGGACAAGGAUAAUUUCUAUGUGGCUGCGCUGCUCUUUAAGAAUAUUGCCCUCGGGUUGAAAGAAGCGGUGAUGAAACAGUCCGUUCGCUCAGAUAUGAACCAGAAAGACUUGGAUCGUUUCAGAGACGAACAUGAGCAGAUAGCUGUGCGGAAGUGUCUUGCAAUAUCUAGGGUCUUUUUUAACACUGGUCUUCCGAUGAAGGUACUUACCAAAGCACAGGCCAGCGCAGAACAUUUCGAUGCGGUUCUUAUGGCGAAACAAUUGGGGUUUGAGUAUUUGGAGAGCAAGCUUUACUCUUAUCAUCGGGUUUGA